AUUAGAUAUUUAGGUACAGGACUACGUGAGAGACGGGAGAGCACUGCUGGCUAGCUUCUGUAGCUUCACGUGGUAAGUGUCGAACACCAUGGCAGCGGUGCCGCACGUCGUGGUGAUCACCUUCCCUUUUGCCUCCCACGCGGUGAAGCUGUUCCGCCUGGCGCGCGCCCUGGCCGCGGCGGCGCCGGCCGCCACCUUCUCCUUCCUCUCCACCGCCGGCUCCAUCGCGCAGCUGCAGGAGAAGAACCAGGAUGCCCUCGAGGCGAACCUACGCUUCGUGGAGGUGCCGGACGGGUUAUUGCCACCGAGCUCCGGUGGCGACGGGCCGGCGCCGCCGCAGAACCAUAUGGCCCGUCUCGGGCUCUUCUUGGUGGCCGCUGAGGCUGGCGGGGUGAAGGUUGCGCUGGAGACGGCUCGCGCCGCCGCGGGCGGCGCCAGGGUCAGCUGCGUCGUCGGGGAUGCGUUCGUCUGGAUGGCCGCUGAGGCCGCCGCUGCGGUGGGCGCACCAUGGGUCCCGGUCUGGACCGGCGGUCCGAGCGCGCUCCUUGCGCACCUCUGCGGUGACGCGCUGCGUGACGACAUCGGCGACAAAGUGGCGAGCCGGGCGGAUGAGCUGCUGACGUCGCACCCGGGCCUCGAAAGCUACCGCGUCCGGGACCUCCCCGACGGCUGCGUGUUCGGCGAGAUGCACCUGCCAAUCGUCGCCCUCUUCCGUCGCGUCGCCGAGCAGCUGCACGUUCCCCGCGCCGCCACCGCCGUGGCCUUGAACACCUUCCCGGGCCUCCUCCCCGACGACGUCACCGCCGCUCUCGCCGCGGAGCUCCCAGAGGUCCUCCCCAUCGGCCCCUUCCAUCUUCUCCCAGUGCCCGGCGACGACGACAACGCCGCCGCGGCCGACCCGCACGGAUGCCUCGCCUGGCUCGACGGCCACCCCGCCCGCGCCGUCGCGUACGCCAGCUUCGGCACGGUCGUCACCGCCGUGGUAGGAGGGCAGGAGGAGCUGCGCGAGCUAGCGGCCGGGCUGGAAGCGUCCGGCGCGCCGUUCCUUUGGUCGCUGCCCAAGGAGUACUGGCCGCUGCUCCCGCCGGGGUUCCUGGACCUCGAGCGCGGCAAGGUGGUAUCGUGGGCGCCGCAGGCAGCCGUGUUGCGGCAUGCAUCGGUGGGCGGCUUCGUGACGCACGCCGGGUGGGCGUCGGUGCUGGAGGGCGUGGCCGGCGGUGUGCCCAUGGCGUGCCGUCCCUUCUUCAGCGACCAGAGGAUGAACGCGCGGAUGGUGGAGCACGUCUGGGGUUUCGGCACCGUCUUCGAGCAGCCCAUGACGCGCGCGACCGUCGCGGAGGCCGUAUCGUCGCUGCUCGCCGGCGACCAAGGCACCCAGAUGCAGGAGAUGCGGGGCAUGGCGGCCACCGCGUUCGCGCCCGACGGCGGCAGCAGGAAGAACCUUGAUAAGCUCCUCAAGAUAGUCUGUCCACCACAUGAGCACAGCCGUGGUGAUCAUGUCGACAAGACAGCAGAGGUGACGGGAUGCGCACCGACGACACAUGGUCUGCUUGGUGCUAGCAGCCUAGCGCACACCGUGGCUGACUGAAUUAAUCAGUGCUCCCUUCAUCUCACAAUAUAAUUUUUUUUUUGCAAGUUAGCUCUGUGGAUCAAUGAGCUUAUCGUAUCAGUGUCAUCAUACUCCCCAAAAUUAGUGUUUGUAUGGCUUAUUAUAUGCCAAAGAACAAUCUGCGGAAAAGGGAAUGGAAAGGUAGCAAG